GACACGUCCUUGACAUCAAUCAUGGAAGGAGGAGCGAGCGGCGGCGCAGGAGCGACGACGGCGGGUUUGUCCACCACGGUAGCGCCCGUUACCGCAGGGCAGAUAUUCUCCAGCCGCCAUGCCGCGAAGGUCGCCGUAGCCGCUGAGCUUGCUGCCACCGGCCGUUCCAUGAAGAAUGGAAAGGGUGCCGGCAGUCGGCAAAUUCACCUGGUUUGCAAGACUUGCACAAGUUGGGUUGUUAAAGGAUGCCUACAGAAGGGCGGUGAUUUCAAGAUCACCAAGGUAAAGGGCUCGCACGUCGACUGCGCUGUGGGCGGGCGGACGAGCUCCGCAGUGGUACAACACCUGGCGGACCAGUUGGUCAGGGCCAACCCCAAGAUCGCCGGUCCCGCGAUCAAGAGGACCCUGGAGACCGUGGUGUUUACCGUCUCCGACGGGCAAUCACAACGUGCGAAGAAGCGCAUCGCGACUGCGUCUAAGGAGGAUGAAGCGGGUGCCAUUUCGCGUCUUCAAUCCCUUUUCUAAGGGAUCGAGCGCGAUUGUCCGGGGUCGGUCGCCACCGUCGAGCCGUGCAAGGUUGGGCAAGGACUCCAGUGUUGGUCACGUCGAUGCGCUUUUAGGUUGAACGGUACGACACAGCAUCCUUGAUCCCUCUACAUCAUUUGUUGUCGAUGAAUGAACUCGCGAGGGAUAGAAGCAGUGUUGUUCUCAAACCCGCAGCGAGGAUUGCGCAGGCAGAAGUGAUUUUCAUUUUCAGGUAACAAUCGAGUGCGCCCUGGCUUUCCAGCCACACAAUAUCGAAAUUACGACCAGCCAUGUCUCGAGCUCACCAGCAAAGUCAGUUACCAUGCAAAUGUAUUGUAGCGCACCUCUGAGGACAUUUGAGGCUUAUACCAAGUGGUCCGAGGAAGGCCAUCAGCAAUUGCUCCUCAGCUUCAGACUUGAGCCCCGGGUUGAAUUUUGCACUUUGGUUGGCGCGCCAUGUCUCGUAGCGCAAUGGGGUCAAGUGUUCAUUAUGGUGACAGCAGUUCCCCCAUUUGUUCGUGGUACGCCGUG